CUCGUUCCUCCCUCAGCUGUCUGUCUGUUACUCCAGCGCAGUAGGAGGCGCUAUGGCGCUCUUCAGUCCGCCAGUAAAACAAACCAGAACGAAAGAAAGAAGAGCUUACAGUUUGAACACUCAGCCGAUGUUGAGCAUGAAAGCGCAGAUGGAUGUGAUCUGCUGUAAAUCAGUAGGAACUGAUCUGUCCAUGCUGGAUAUUGAGGAUUUCAUCAGUGAAAUCUGUCAGCUGAAGAAAGAGGUGGCGUCACUGGAGGCAAAGCUGAGAGAAAGAGGAGACAAACCCAACAGAGAGGAUUCAGUCUGGAGCGUCAGAGAUCAGAGAUCCACACAGGAAUCAGAUCUCAGCCUCAGUUUACUCUGUUAUACUGACGCUCAGGAGAGCGUGUGUGACAGCCAUGGAUCCGCUGAUCAAACCUCCACAGAGUCUCUGGGGUCUGACUGUAACGCUGGAGAACACCAGAAGCCGAUGAAGGUGUGCUCCAUCAAACUGGUGGACUGCAAGAAUUCAAAGGAGACAAGAGAAGAAACCACUGCAGAGAAAGAGAAAGUACAGAGCGAUGAUAAUAGCAACAAUGAUAACGAUGAUCAUUGUGAUGAUGAUGACUUUAUUCCCUCAGAUGAGAACGGCGGUUUAUCUUCUGAUGAAGAAACAGCCUCAACAUCAAAAGAUCAGCCGACGGCCAAGAGUUUUUCCUGUGUCACCUGUGGGAAAACAUUCAGAAGACAGGGACAUUUAGCGAGACAUGAGAGAAAACACACAGAAAAGAAAGACUUCACUUGCAAGAGAUGCGGCAGCAGCUUUCCUACCUUAGAAGAGAGGAGACUUCAUUCAAAAGAGCACAGUGUGAAGAAGGAGUUUCGCUGCGAACAGUGCGGGAAGGUUGCUUUCACUUCUGGCAAUCUGAAGAUUCACAUGAAGACGCACACUGGCGAAAAGCCCUUCCACUGCAGCGAGUGCGACAAGAACUUCAGCACGAAACAAUCUCUUAUUGUUCACAAGCGAAUCCACACGGGCGAAAAGCCGUACAAGUGCACUCACUGCGAGAAAAGAUUCAGAGAUGGCUCCCAUUUCAAGACACACAUGCGUUCGCACGCCAGCGAGAGGCCGUAUCAGUGCAGUGAAUGUGGGAAAACGUUUAAGCAGCCGAUUUGUCUAAUAUCUCACCAAAAAAUACACUCUGAAAAAAUGCAUCGAUGCUCGCACUGUGACAAACGUUUCCGUCAGAUAUCCCAGCUGAAACGGCACGAGAGAAUGCACUCCGGAGAGAGACCCUACCUGUGCUUUCACUGCGGGAAGAGCUUUUCUGAUCCGGCUCAUUUCAGAGUCCAUCAGAGAGUUCACACUGGAGAAAGACCGUAUCAGUGUAGCGUUUGUGGGAAGAGUUUCCGUCAAAACACCAACUUACUGAAGCACCAGAGGAUUCAUACAGGGGAAAGACCAUUCAAGUGCUCACAUUGUGACAAGACAUUUGCUCGAACAGAUGUGCUGAAGAUCCAUGAGCGAGUUCAUACAGGAGAGAAACCUUACCGCUGCUCCAUCUGCGGAGAGAGAUUCGCUUAUUUAGGGGGUUUUCAGGCCCACCAGAACAAACACGCUAAAGAACAAACUGCUCCAGAAACAUCAUAGUGUUCAAUCCCUCAGCUGAUCCUAAAAAUGUACAUUGAGCUCUUACUGCCAGUAGGAGGCAGGGUCACGUUGAGAUUUUAUGUCAGUCAUGAGUAGGGAUGAACUGAAUGUGGAAUGCCAUGAUUGACAGAGCAGGACAAUUGCAAUGAUGUGAUUUACAGUUAGUCCCUGCUGGAAGGUGCUGUAACUACCACAUUCUGUGGGCAAAAAGUACCUGUUCAAAAAUAGCUGUAUAUUUUGACUUUUUUUUUUUUUUUUUGCAAGCAAACUUUAAAUCCUAAAUAAUUUUAUAAUAUUAUUGCAGAUGUUUGGCCAUGGUAACAUACACUAGCUGAGCAACUGCCUUUGAGAUGAACGGGACUGCUAAUGGAUAGCUUUCUGCAGGUGUGUUAGACAUCCUGGAUAUGCACUAUUAAGGAAAUUGUAGAAAAAAAAAAAAAACAGAAAUCAUUGGUAAGUGUAAUAAACAUGAAUGCAUUAAACUUUGACAGCUCUGAUUAUAAAUUAGCUACAGCAGCUUCACCUAGACCUUGACCAAAGUCCCUUUAAGACAAGUCAUUUCACUCGGCGGCCAUCUUUGAAACGCCUCUCGGGCAUCCAAGUGCAGCUCCUAUCUCUUUGAAUGGGGAAACAUCAAAUUCUCCAAAGCUGUUUGCCAAGCUUUCGAUUAAAUUUCAUAUUUGAAAUCACCAAUGAAAUCUGACAACAACUGUCUCAUAAAUUUUUUUUUCCAAACGCUCAAAUCAUGACAAAAAAAACAGUAUUUAGGCUGGAUCAAGCUAAUGCGCAUGCGCAGACCUAAAUGCGCGUCUCUUCUGCCUCAUUUCGGAGGCGCACGUCUGACUGUUUCUAUAGAAACCGGAGCUUCUAACGGCCGCUGCAGUGACGCGAUGACUUUACAGGUCGGCGAUUGGCUCUUAUUUUGAAGGCGGGACUUAUUCCGCCAUAUUGAGCGUUACACUUUCUCCCAUUCAAAACAAUACGAGUGACAUGUCUUGUGUUAUUCUAUAGUCUUUGCCUUGACCCAGGUGUUUUAUUAUUUUUUUAUUUGUAGUUUCAUCUUUUACCCAUUUUUCUUUAGCAAAAUUGAAGCAAGUUUGAGUCUGUUAAUAACAUAAUUAUGGAUAUAUAUUCACAGAGAGAGGAGGUUGGAUUUACAGUUAAAGACAGCAAUUUUGUGAUACUUUCAUUUACAACUAAUUGAGAGGACCAGACAACAAAAUAAAAGGGGUGUACAAUAUUUCAAUCAUUUAAAUGUCAUGGUGUUUAUUUGUACAACUAUUGCUCAUUCUUAAAUCAAGAUGAAUCGUUCUGUUUGUAAAGGAGGGACACCUUGUGGUUGGAGUAUAUCUCAUACUGACAGUACAGUCAGAAGAGCAGCCAAGGUAGGACAACUGUCAUGACAUGAGGAAAAUACGACACAACGUAGUGGAAAUUUUUCCUAGUUUUUAGGAAAUCUGAAUAACUUUUUGGGCUGCCUUGGAGCUAAUAUUAUAUAGUGGUAGGAUCAAAUGACAGGAGAUCUAGAGAAACAAUUGAAGAGCUGAAGACUUUCAGGAUGUGAAGUAACAGUCAGCUGGAGACGGACUUUCUUUGGGAGUUUUCAUAAAUCACGAACCUUAAACUUUAAAGCAGCUAUUUACGGUGUUUCCUAACAUGGAGCUAAAAUGGGUACUUCUUUUGGGUCUCCUUCUGCCGUCAUGUAGUGGAUCUGACAUUGGAUUUAAAUUUCUUGAGUGUGCGCAGUUUAUAAAUCCAGAUGGAAGUUACAACUGCAGCUGUAAUGAAGGGUUCAGAAUGAGCUCCAUAACAGGAGUGUGUGAAGACAUCGAUGAGUGUAAAGAUCCAGAUGUUUGCGGCACAAACGCCACCUGCUACAAUUAUCCAGGCAGCUACAUCUGCAUGUGUCACCAGGGUUACAGUAACUACGGCAACAACAAGUCAAAAUGCAUCGGAGAUGGUGCCAUACGUUUGGCGGGCACUUCGGACCGGUGCCAGGGCCGGGUGGAGAUCUACUACCAGGGCAGCUGGGGAACGGUGUGCGAUGAUAAUUGGAACAUGGCAGAGGCGGCAGUCGUGUGUCAGCAAAUCAGCUGCGGACAAGCUGUCGCCGCACAUAAGAAUGCUUACUUCGGCACCGGCACGGGACAGAUUCUGCUGGACGACGUGAAUUGUACUGGGCAUGAGAGGACUCUGGCCACCUGUUACAGCCUCGGAUGGGGAGUGCAUAACUGCGGGCAUCAUGAGGACGCAGGUGUCAUCUGCUCAGACAUCCAUGAGUGUAAAGAUCCAGAUGUUUGCAGCAAAAGCGGCGACUGCUACAAUCAUCCAGGCGGAUACAGCUGCAGAUGUCACCAGGGUUACAGUAACUAUGGCAACAACCAGUCAAAAUGCAUCGGCAUCGAUGAGUGUAAAGAUCCAGAUGUUUGCGGCACAAACGCUGAAUGCCACAAUCAUCCAGUCGGAUACAGCUGCACGUGUCACCAGGGUUACAGUAACUAUGGCAGCAACCAGUCAAAAUGCAUCGACAUCGAUGAGUGUAAAGAUCCAGAUGUUUGCGGCACAAACGCCACCUGCUACAAUCAUCCAGUCGGAUACAGCUGCAGAUGUCACCAGGGUUACAGUAACUAUGGCAACAACCAGUCAAAAUGCAUCGACAUCGAUGAGUGUAAAGAUCCAGAUGUUUGCGGCUCAAACGCCACCUGCUACAAUCAUCCAGGCGGAUACAGCUGCACGUGUCACCAGGGUUACAGUAACUACGGCAACAACCAGUCAAAAUGCAUCGAAAUGAACUGUGAUCAGUUUAAACCUGAGCCUGAUGCUGGACACACACCGGAGAAGUUUAAGCAUUUGAUGUCACUGUUGAAGAAAAGCUGUGAUUCACUGAAUGGUCCACAAGGAGAACAUUUCACUGGAGAGAUGUUACUGGAGAACUUGUGCAAUUCCACUGAUGAUCUGCUGUCGGAUGGAAACAUUGCUAGCGGAGAGAUGUUGAGUCAGUUUCUGGACGCGGUGGAGAACAGCAUGCGUCUGAUCGGACCUCAGCUUAAAGAGCCUGUGACCAGGAUGGAGACGCACAACACCUUCGCUGAGGUUGCAGUCAGGCGGAGUCAGACUCCGCCCACUGGGAGUGUCACUCUGAGCACAGACUCCACCCUCUUCAACACCAGCUGGGAAACAGUUGUAGGGAAAUCAUAUCCAGGUUUUGCAUUUGUGGCGCUGGUCAGUUAUAAAGAUCUGGACUCAUCCAGCCAUCAGUUCCACAAGAUCAGCAGAACAUCACAGGACCAGGAGAGCAGAGAUGGAGAAAUCACUUAUCAGCUCAACUCGAAGGUGGUGACGGCUGUCGUCAGUAAUCCAGAAACCAAACAGCUGUCUGAGCCGGUGAUGCUCGUCUUUACACACACGGAGGAGAGGGCGGAGUCUGGGGGUGUGGCUUAUUCCUGUGUGUUCUGGAAUGAGGCUGAGGGGGUGUGGUCUGGGCGGGGCUGUGAGAGGGCGUGGUCUAACAGCACUCAUACAGGCUGUUCCUGCUCUCAUCUCAGUAGCUUCGCUGUGCUGAUGGCCCUUUAUCCCGUACAGGACACGUUUGAGCUGGUGUUGAUCACACGUGUGGGUUUAGUUCUGUCUCUGGUCUGUUUAUUUCUCUGUAUCCUGACGUUCCGGUUCUGCCGCUCAAUCCAAGGAACCCGAAACAGCAUUCAUCUUCACCUGUGCGUGUGCCUCUUCAUCGCAGACCUCGUCUUCCUCUGUGGGAUCUCCAGCACUCACAACAGGGUAGCGUGUGCGAUUGUGGCCGGCCUGCUUCAUUUCUUCUUCUUGUCUGCGUUCUGCUGGAUGCUGCUGGAGGGGGUUCAGCUCUACCGGAUGGUUGUGCUGGUGUUUCACACCACAUUAAAACAUCUGUACAUGUAUGCAGUGGGAUAUGGAGUCCCUCUUGCCAUCGUCAUUAUCUCUGCCAUCUCUUAUCCGCAGGGAUACGGCACUGAUCGACACUGUUGGCUCUCUCUUGAUCGUUAUUUUAUCUUGAGUUUUUUCAUACCCGUCUGCAUCAUCGUCAUCCUCAACUGUUUUGUCUUCAUCAUCACUGUGUGGAAACUGGCUAAAAAAUUCUCCAGUCUCAAUCCAGACCUCUCCAAACUCAAACAGAUCAGGAGUUUCACAGUGACCGCAGUGGCUCAGUUGUGUGUUCUCGGCGGGACGUGGGUUUUUGGCUUCUUCCUCUUCCAGGAGAAGGGGACUGAAGUCAUGUUGUACCUCUUCAUCAUCUUCAACAGCCUACAGGGGGCGCUCAUCUUCAUCAUGCACUGCCUGCUGUCCAAACUGGUCAGGAUGGAGUAUUACAGUCUGUUUGGCCGAAUGUGCCCACAAAAGAAGAAAAGAGAAUACAGUACCAGCCAGUCCAACAGCAGUCAGAAACCGCUGCGGAGUGACGGCAGCACAGCAGAGUCACAGAUAUAAAGUCCUGAUGGAUGUUUACAAACUCUUGAACACAAGACAAUAUCUGCGACAAACCAAGACUUUUCACAAAGCUUCAGUUCAACAUUUCCAGUCAGAAGAUCUUAAUAUUGCUUUCCAUCCGUCUAUUCAGGAAGAUUGCAGAUGUGGGUUCAUCAUACAACUGUUACUGUACAUGGAGUUAUAGGUCUGUCAUGGGAACUGCUGAAACGGAUCACUCCAUUAAAUGAGUAAAAUAUUCAGGUUGCUUCUGUAUUUGGCUUUACUUUGUUGUGCAGGUGGAGGGUCUUACAUUUUAUUUCAUGCAAAUGGCAGCAGCUUUAAAAUAAUCAAUGUUUUAUUGUAUCAAGGGAGAUGUUGACAUGAUUAUGUCACAAAAACAGUUAAAAGGGUCAUGAACUGGGUUGUUUUAUAAUGUUUCCUGGGGUGCACUUAUAAUGUUAGUAUGCGUUUUACAUUAAAAAUCAUCAUGAUUUAGAAAUAAAAGGCAUUUUUGCUACCUUGA